UGGCAUGUUGUACAAGCCUGAGCUUGGGGUUUAUUGACUGAGGUUGGGAUGCUUGGUACUCACAAUUUUAUUGUUGAACGAAUCUAUGAUUCAGUGCUUUAGAACAAUAGCUUAGAUUUUUUUUUUUAAUUGCUGAUUACAUUUUUUACAACCUGUGCCUUUGUUCAGGAUUGUAUAAAGAGACUACAGCACGGUUUGCUAUCCAACAUUUCACAUCUGACAAUGGCAACUGAGAGUAUUGUGUUCUAUGAAGACAGGAACUUCCAGGGAAGGUCCUAUGAGUGUAAGGGAGACACAAGUGACCUUCAUUCUUUUUUUAGCCGCUGUAAUUCUGCAAAGGUGAAGGGGGGCUUUUGGGUGCUGUAUGAGUGGCCAAACUACAUGGGCUAUCAGUAUAUUCUGACCCCAGGGGAGUAUCCAGAUUAUCAUCAUUGGAUUGGCUUCAGUGAUUGUGUCCGAUCUUGUCGUCUACUCAGGCAUGUUACUGGACAUCUCAAGCUGAAGCUCUUUGAGAGGCCCAAUUUUGAUGGCCAAACAUGGGAAGUUACAGAAAGCACCCCGUCCAUUCAGGAACGUUUCCUCUGUAGAGAGAUCCAUUCCUGCAAGGUCCAGGAAGGUCCCUGCGUGUUCUUCAAGCAUGCAAACUACAGUGGCCGUCAGUACCUCCUUGAGAAGGGAGAGUACAGACGCCACACUGAAUGGGGGGCCAUGCAUCCCACUGUGGGCUCUGUUCGUCAGGUCACCACAGACUGUUGAAUUGAAAACUUGUUGUCACUACUACUGAAAAAUAUUGAAAAAUAAAAUAAUUUGAA